AGGAACGGGGAUUUUGGGGCUGGAAUGAGAAGGAUUUUGGGGGCUGAAGGAGGAGGAUUUUGGGUUUAGAACGAGAAAAAUUUGGGGGUUGGAAUGGGGAGGAUUUUUGAGGUUGGAACAGGGAUUUUGGGGUUGUAAAGUGCAUUUUGGGUUGGAUAUUCCUCCCCAAAGGUCCCGAUCCUGCUGCUGGGGUGCCCGAGCUGGGGACAGCGGCGCCACCGCGAUGUCCCCAAGUGUCCCCGGCGCUCGCUGCAAAGGGAAAGCAAAACCCCCCAACACCCGCGCCCUCCCGGGGCAAUUAAAAUUAAUUCCCUGCGAGCUUUGGGGGCUGAGAGCGCCGCACCCCCGACGUGUCCUUGUCCCCUCUGCCACAGGGGUGGCCGGGGGGUGACAGCCCCGGAGGAGGAGGAGGAGGAGGAGGAAGAAGGAGCCGCACGGAGCAGAGGAAGUCCCCGCCGGGCACUCGCCGGCCCCGAGGGGUCCCCGCUCCGAGAUGUCCCCGCCCGGGGGUCGCCGCUGUCCCCCGGCGCUGCUGGCGCUGCUGCUGGGCCUGGCCGGGAGCCGAGGAUCCCGGGAAUGCCAAAACCGAGCUGUGUCCCUCGCUGUGUCCGCGGGAGGAUCGCUGUGCCUGGCGCCGCAGGAACCCCCGCGGGAGUGGGCAGAGAUCCGCUGGAAAGUGAAAAUUGAUUCAGGAACGUGGCAGAAGAUCCUGACGGCCCCCAGGGCUGGAACUGUCUCCUAUCCCAAAGGGUCUUUCCAGGGGAGAGCGAAAUUCCAGCCGGGAAACCUCUCCCUGUGCAUCUCCCCGGUUCACAGAGCCGACAGCGGGGUCUAUAGUGCCGAGUUCGAGAAUGCCGCAAAAAUUUCCUCUCGAUGCUUCCAAGUGUCCGUGUGGGACCCCAUCCCGCCGCCGGAGCUGAAAUCCCAAAUCCUGCAGCGGGAUCGGGGCUGGUGCGUCCUGGCCCUGCUCUGCUCCAGCCCCGGGAACGUCUCCUACAGCUGGGCCUGUCCCGGGGAUCCCCCGGGGGAGAUCCCGGAGCAGAUCCCGGAGCAGAUCCCUGAGGAGAUCCCUGAGGAGAUCCUGAAGCAGAUCCCUGAGGAGAUCCUGGAGCAGAUCCUGAAGCAGAUCCCUGAGGAGAUCCCAGAGCAGAUCCCGGGGAUCCCCUCGUGGCUGAUCCGGAGGCUCCCCGAGGGCGCCGAACCCCAAAUCUGCCUCUGCAACGUCAGCAACCCCGCGGGGUGGAGCGCGGCCCGCGCCCGGCUCACCUGCCCAGAAAUUCCAGAGAAUUCCAGCCACUGGACACUGCUGGCCGUGGGCGUGGCCGUGGGCGUGGGGCUGCCCCUGCUCCUCGUGGGCAGCUGCUGCUGGUGGAGGAAGAGGAGGAAGAAUUCCCGGGAAGAGACCCCCAGACUCCCUGCAGGACCCUCAGAGCUGACCGUCUACGCUGAGGUGGGAGAGAAGAAACCCCGCCAGGAUCCUCGUUCAGUCAUCCCUCGGACACUUCCAGGACCGGGAUCCCAAACCUCGGGCAGUUCCCAGGCCUGA